GCACUAUUCAUCUAUUCUCCUCUUUCUUUUAAAAUAUAUCUUAUAAGAAUGUCAACUUGAUUGACACAUUCUUUUAAAGAAAUAAAUGAACUACUUUAUUCUACGUCUCGCUGCGGCCGGUUCCAUCCGGCCCAAGAUUAAGAUUUCACUUCCGGUGAGGAGGGGUUAUUCGCAAAGAGAGGAAGCUGCUGCUGUGUCGAGGCCUGCGAAAAGCUAACCGAACCCAGAAAAUACCUCGCUGCAGUGGUACCAACCCACGGCGCUUUGACACUCGGAACCACAGACUGAAUUUUCCACGUGUUACUGUCUUUAUGCAGGGGUACGGUGGCGAGUGUACUGUGUUGUAGAGUUAGCUCGAGCUCUGUUGCAUCCGGGCUGCGCUGCAGAGGGUCUUGUUGUCACCCCUAGUCAGCUCCGUGUUGCUACAGUAUCAACAAGCGAACCACUCGGCGCAACAUUUGUAUCGACGGUGGUACGUUACAGUGUGACAGCGAGCUGUUGUUACAGAAGGGCUCGGUCGUGAUGCGGAUUUUGGGUGUUUGAACGCUGAAAAGGGCCCAGCGCCUCGGGCACAGCAUGAGACAGUGCCCCAGCUCCCUGUCUAUUCAGUAGCCGCAGACACGCAGCAGCGACCGGGCGCUGAACUUCACUGAACCCGGUCAUGGCAACUGAAGAAGGCUCGCUGUGUGCUCUUGAAAGCUUAAUGACAGAGUUUUUCCACAGCUCUACUACAAAUGAACGGAAGCGAGAGAUAGAGGAGCUGCUGAACAGCUUCGCGUCUCAGGCGGGCUCAUGGCGACACUGCCUCUACUUCCUGUCCCACAGCAGGAACGAGUACGUCAUGAUGUACAGCCUCACCGUCUUUGAGAACCUGGUGAACAAGAUGUGGGUGGGCGUGGCCAGUGAAGAGAAGGCGGAGCUCCGCAGCUGCCUGCCCAAGCUGCUCCUGUCGCAGCACGCCGCCAUGCCCUUCUUCAUCAAGAACAAGCUGUGCAAGGUCAUUGUGGACAUCGGACGCCAAGACUGGCCCAUGUUCUACCACGACUUCUUCAGCAACACCUUACAGCUGGUGCAGACACCUGCCAUGACGUCUCUGGGCCUGGUGCUGCUGAAGAUGACCUCAGAGGAGCUGGUGUGCCCCCGAGAGGACCUGAGCGUGGGCCGCAAGGACGAGCUCCGCAAGCUACUGCUGGAGCAGAUCCCCACCGUACUCAACCUCCUGACCCGUAUUCUGGAGUCGGUCUGGGAGAAGCACAGUGGGUCUGCGACGACACCCCCUCCCUCACCCACAUCAGGUGAAAGCGCUGUGGUGAUGGGCUCUGAGAGUGGCGCGCUGUGCUCGCUGGCGCUGGAGUGCCUGGCACACCUGUUCAGCUGGAUCCCGCUUUCCUCCUCCAUCACGCCCGCCCUGCUGGCCUCCAUCUUCCACUUUGCCCGCUUUGGCUGCCAACUACCUGUCAAGGCCAAGUGCACCUCCAACGGGGAUUCCAACACCACCACCACCACCACGUUGAGUGACUCGAUGUCCACCAAUGGUGGGACGGCGUUGCCAAGGGGGAUGCAGCAGGUGGGCCAAUCGGAGCGCGCCAAACUGGGCGUGCUAGCCAUGAGCUGCAUCAACGAGCUCAUGUGCAAGAACUGUGUGCCACUGGACUUUGAGGAGUUCCUGCUCCGGAUCUCGCAGCAGACCUUCUUCCUGCUACAGAAGCUCACCACCCACACCAACGCACACAGCAACUCCAACACCAACACCACGCACACCGUCAAGAACCGUCUGCAAGAACUGGACGAGAGCUAUUUGGAGAAGUUCACCGACUUCCUGCGGCUCUUUGUCAGUGUUCAUUUGAGACGGAUCGAGUCCAAUGCUCAGUUUCCCCUCGUGGAGUUCUUAUCGCUUCUUUUUAAAUACACUUUUAAUCAGCCCACCCAUGAGGGCUACCUGGCCUGUCUAGAUAUCUGGAGCAUCUUUCUGGACUACAUGACCACCAAAAUCAGAAGUCGACUGGCUGACAGUGACAGUGUUUUAAACAGGUAUAAAGAUGCUCUGGUCCUGCUGCUAAGGGAGGUUCUGAACCGGAUCCAGUUCCGGCUCAACCAGAGCCAGCUGGAGGAGCUGGACGAUGAGACUCUGGAUGACGAUAAACAGACAGAGUGGCAGCGGUACCUGCGUCAGAGUUUGGAGGUGGUCGCCAAGGUGAUGGAGCUGCUUCCCUCUCAGACCUUCUCCACUCUGUUUCCUGUGCUUCAAGAGGAUCUAGAUAUCUACCUUGGGCUGCAGCAAUUCAUUGUCACCAGUGGAUCAAGUCGGCGGUUAAACAUCACGGCGGAGGCGGACUGCAGGAAGCUUCACUGUGCGCUGCGCGACCUGAGCUCCCUACUGCAGGCCGUGGGCCGCCUGGCAGAGUUCUUCACCGGAGACGUCUUCACCGCCCGCUCAGCUGACGCCCUCGCCAUCGUACAGAGGUUGGUGGAGGUCACAUGCUAUGGGUCCCAGAUCAGCCUGUACGAUGUGGAGACGGCGGUUCCCUCAGUUUUAAAGCCAGACCUCAUCGACGUCCAUGCCCAGUCGUUGGCGGCGUUGCAGGCCUACUCCCAUUGGCUGGCCCAGUUCUGCAGCGAGGUGCAGCGGCAGCAGGACCAGUCGCGAUUCGCCAGCCUCAUCACCUCCAGCAUGGCGGCCACCACACCCCUCAUCAGUGCCAAGGUGCCAGAGAAGCUGUUGAUAUCUGCGUGCCAUCUCCUUGUCUCUAUGGCCACCACAGUUAGGCCAGUGUUUUUAGUCUCGUUGCCAGCAGUACAAAAUGUUUUUAACCUCAUCACAGAGAACCACAACCACCAACUGCCCCAAGAGGCGCAUGUGCUGGUGUGCAGAGCGCUGUCCAACAUGCUGCUGCUGCCGUGGCCGUGUCUGCCAGAGUCGGAGCAGCAGUGGCCGAGCCGCUCAUCCAGCCACACACGCCUCGUCAGCGCACUCACACAGCAGUACAGAUUACUGCCCCGACCACCCGCCUUCCACCACAACAACAAAGCUGUCAUGCAGCAGACCCUGUCAGUAUUACGAGACCUGGUGGAGAGUAUUUCGGGGGAGUCCACCAAGUCGCGGCAGAUCUGUUACCAGAGCCUGCAGGAGUCGGUGCAGGUGUCCCUGGCCCUCUUCCCCCUCUACAUCCAGCAGCCAGAGAUCACGGAUGAGAUGCUGAGUUUCUUCCUGACGCUCUUCCAGGCCCUGCGCGUGCAGAUGGGGGUGGCCUUCACGGAGCAGAUCAUCCAGACCUUCCUCAGCAUGUUCACAAGGGAGCAGUUGGCCAUCAGUAUCCUGCAGGAGGGCAGUGCCGGCUCCAAGGUGGUCCAGAAAUUUCUCAAGAUUUUACAGGUGGUGGUUCAGGAGCCUGGACACACAUUCAAACCACUGCUGCCCAGCAUCCUCAGUCUGUGCAUGGAGCAGGUCUAUCCUAUUGUAGCGGAGCGCUCCUGUCCAGACGUGAAGGCCGAGAUGUUUGAGCUGCUGUUCCAGAUUCUUCACCAGAACUGGAGGUUCUUCUUCAAGAGCUCGGUGCUGAGCACUGUGCAGCGCGGCGGGGCAGGGGAACAGAUGGAGAAUGAGGCCCAGUUCUCCGCUGCCAUGCAGGCUUUUGGCCAGUCCUUCCUGCAACCAGAUAUUCACAUCUUCAAGCAGAACCUGAGCUACCUGGAGAUCCUCAACACCAAGCACAAACUGUAUCACAAGAAGCUUUUCCAGAGCUCCAUGCUGUUCCACUUCAUCAACGUGCUGCUGCAGGUGCUGCUGCACAAGAGUCACGACCUGCUGCAGGACGACAUCACGGUGGCCGUCUACAACAUGGCCGCCGUCAACUUCCACACCUUCUACUCCUCCUUCCUGCCCGAGUUCCUCAACGGUUGCCAGGGUCUCGACCCCCACCAGCGUGCCACGCUCGCCCGAAACUUCACCCCCGAGAGGGAUUUGCCAUCAUUCACGCAAAGCGUCUUCCGGUUGGUGAAUGACCUGCGUUAUUACAGACUGUGCAAUGGAAGCCUGCCACCCGGCACGCUGAAGCUAUAGCGACACGCCCCACAACAUGCCACUGAAAACUAUAGCUUCAGCUUGCAUAGACUCCGCCUUAAAUGUGGCCAAGCCCCUCCUCCAGAGUCCUGCCCAAAAUCGGAGGUUGUUGUUGACAGGAGAGGGUGCGUCCCAAAGAGGGCGUGUCUAGACUUGUUUUAUUUGUGAGCCACACCCCCUUUUUUGCUUCAGGGGAUUCUUUUGUUUUUAGUUUCUGUUUAUUUUCCACGUUGCCAAUGAUCAUGUGGCCAAAGCCCAAUGACACUUUUAAUGCCCCCCCUCUGAAAGCUGGACUGCUGUGAUGCUGUGAGAGGUGUGGACACGAGACGGAACAAGACAAGAGGAUCUGCGAAUGUAGUCGCGGUUCUUGUAUGCGAGUCGGUGUUGGAGUGGUGAGUGGACUUGACGCAAGCUCCAUGAGGUGUUGCAGGGGGGCUGAGCCAUGAUGUUUUUUAUUUUAUUUUGUAAAUUCAGAUAUGACUUCACUUCAUCUCCAUGGAGACGGACUCACAUGCGUUCAUAUCAUUCCAUUCCUGAUGAUGCAUCAGGAGAAAUAGACCCAAAUGAUAAAGUUGUUAAAUAAAAAACAAAUUGUCAAAUAAAAGUUGUUUUUUGUAUUAAAAAGAAAAAGUUUUCUGUU